UGCAUCGCUGAUGUUCGCUCUUGGUUUAUUGGAAAUCGUUUAAUGAUCAAUGACGCGAAAACUGACUUUCUUAUUAUUGGCACCCGUCAGCAACUUGAAAAAACAUCUAUUGAAUCUAUUAUCAUUGGUGACACAGUGAUUAAACCUUUAGAAAGCGUCCAGAACCUUGGGUCCUGGUACGAUGCUCAUAUGCGAAUAAAGGUUUACGUAGGCAAGAUUUGUAGCAAGGCUUUGCGCGGACUAUACAACAUAAGACAGAUCAGAAAAUUCCUUACCGUGCAAUCCACAAAGACACUGAUCCAUGUCUUUGGAUCUUUGCACCUUGAUUACUGUAACCCUCUUCUAUUUGGUCUACCUAAAUAUCAGCUUGAUCGUUUACAGAAAGUCCAGAAUGCCGCGGCUAGAGUGACUUUUCAGAUUGCAAAAUUUUAUCAUAUCACACCCGCUCUUAUCGACUUACAUUGGCUUCCAGUAACGUUUAGAGUUCAGUUCAAAUUGCUCCUUUUUGUUUACAAGUCACUACACAAUCAAAGUCCAUCCCACAUUAAGGAUCUUUUAUCCCUGAAACCAGCUGCUAAUUAUACUCUUCGUUCGUCUGCACAAUCUCUUCUGUUCUUUCCAAAAGCUUGAAAAGUCAACUGCUCUACACUUGGGGAUCGGGCCUUUGCUCAUGCUGCACCUGUUUUAUGGAACUCGCUGCCAUUAACUAUAAGAACAAGUGGCAGCCUCGCCGUUUAUAA